AUCCCAGAAACGGGAAAUGGUUCAUUGGUCCAUGGAUUUCAAGGAUAAGCUUCAUGCUAGCACGCGCUUGAAGCGUCCGAUGUCAGUCACAAUCUGAGGAAAAACGUCCGGAUUACUUGUAUUUGGUAUGCCCGCCGAACGGUGGAUGAACAUUGGAAACGCGCUUCUAGAACUUUGACGGGCAACUUCUUUAUGUCCAUUCAAGAGCACGUCAGGGCUUGCUGCUGACGGCCGUCAACCCAUGAUGGUCAGCCUGCAUGGCCAAAGCCUGAGCCUCAUGUGACAAUGAUCUGCCUUGGUGACGCUACAAUUAGACGCACCUCUCAUGAAGCUGGACAGCAUGAAUAGACAUCCGUUUCCCCAUCCAGCGACGAAUGCAACCUCAUGUUCAAAGAGCAGAACAAGACGAUACUGUGUUGUACAAAUGUGCGGUCCCUCUGACGCCGCCCAAGCAAUUCUAGAUGCCAAUACAGCAAAAAUACUCGGGCAGCUCUUAUGGCACCUGAUUCGAUGAAUCCUUCUCCGCGUCGCGAAUCGCAGACUACAUCAACGGCAACACGGUCGGUUGACCAGCAGAAUGCUAGAACCGGUUGUGAAAUAAUGAGUUGCACUGUCUAAUAGCGGCGCGUUGAAGAAGAGAAGAGGGGAUUUUUAGACAAGUCUGCGAAAAUUUCCAAAAGACAUGUUCAUUCGUGGCCCACCAAGCUGCGAAAUCUAGUGUCACGUGCAGCCAGAUGUGACUGCCUUGCUUGGCCCCCUGAAGAAGCUGGU